GAGGUCUAUGUGCAUCAAGAUUUCAAGAUGGCAGAUCUCAAGAUCAUCGAAGAUGGCAUCUAACGACGAGGAAAUGUGGAGGAGCUAGCUGUCUUUUUAAUCUCUAACAAUAAUGACAGACAUCGAGGAUAAAAUUUCUGCUCAAGUAGCAAGCACAGUUGGCGAAAUACUGAGAGGUGAAGCAAUAGAAGAGGGGUUCUCGGGUUAUAUCAAGCAUACCCCACAAUCCCUACAGAAGAAGAUUGAAUAUAACACAGAUCUAUUGUCAACGUUAUGGACAAAUAUACCACAGGACAGCCACAACAUAGGACUCAAAGUGUAUGCUAAUAGCUACUUUAAUGUGAAGAAUGUCAAUCGUGUUGACUUACUGGCCACUUUAUUGGAGACUAUGGCAGAGAAAAAUGUCUUACAAUCCAAGUUCAUCUGUGAAACACUGCUUGAUCAUGAAAAGAUGGUGUAUAUGAACACAAAGCCUUUCAUUAGAGCUUUCCAGUUAAUCAGGAAGCUUGUAGGGGGUGUUGACUAUAAGGGAUGUCGAGACUUACUGAGGAUGAUACUGCACAAUCAUAACAUAGAGACACAAAACGCUAACAUCUUACCACAGGUUGAGGCCAUGAUCUCAGUGGUAGCUUACAUUUUGGACCGCAAUGUUUGUUUGUUACCAAGCUACUUGGCUGUUAAUGAAAUUACUAAGAUGAGCCCAGAGGUGAAAAACUGGCCCCAUUGGAAGAUGGGCAGACUGCUGUCAGAGUUUGUUUACAGUUUCAGGCCAGUUGCUCAGAUGGUCACUAUAUCAGGUCGAUCUCAUCUGUUACCUGUUGUUGGACAUUCUGUGGCCACAAAUAAUGUAUGGAGGUUGAAUUCCAAAGAUUUAAAAUUCUCCUUAAGCGGACCACUACCUUAUAGUAGGGAGGUGCAGGAACCACAGUCAGGACUUCUGCGCUACGUUUUGGAGCAACCAUACUCUAGAGAUAUGGUGGGCAGUAUGCUUGGACUAAAUAAACAGGUGAAGCAGAGAUGUGAAGUAUUAGAAGAACAACUUGUUAAUCUUGUGGUAUCAGCAAUGGAGCAUUCGGAGAACUUAGACUCAUCAGCAGAUCCAGGUUUGAGCCACCUUCUCUGGCAGCAUCUGUCCAGUCAGCUCAUAUACUUCGUGCUCUUCCAGUUUGCCUCAUUUCCUCAUAUGGUUAUUUCAUUAUAUGACAAAUUGAAGGACAGAAAGUUGAACAAAGGAAGAGACCAUCUGAUGUGGGUUCUAUUACAGUUUAUCUCUGGCAGCAUACAGAAAAACCCGCUGAGUGAUUUUCUACCAGUAUUAAAGCUGUAUGACCUCCUGUACCCAGACAACACAUCAAUCGCCGUGCCAGAUGUCUCUAAGGCCAGCUCCACCCACACUGUGGCAGCUACAUGUAUUUGGAUACACCUCAACAUGAAGGCAAACACGGACAAUGUACAGCUUCAGAGACCUAUACCACAUGCUCUCAGAGAACAUCAGGAAGCUCUAGGACAACAUUUAGAGAGCUUAAAACAGAAUCUUGGUAACAGAAGUCUGCCGGGCAAUGAUUACAGGAUCCCUCUACUCUGUAAUGCAUACAGUACUAAUCCACAGCUGUUCAACCUGCCCAUGAGUAUCUUGGUGGAAAGUAUCUGUGGCAACAACAGUAAGAAUACAUGCUUCCUCCCUGGUAAUCUGGUAGCUGCUCAUCCUACACAACCCCUGUCUAUGAACCUGCUCGAUUCUCUCACAGUACAUGCCAAAAUGAGUCUUAUUCACAGUAUAGUCUCCAAAGUGAUCCGUCAGGCCAAAAGCAAGAGCACAGCAGCUCUAGCACCAGCAUUAGUCGAGACUUACAGUCGUCUCUUGGUCUAUAUGGAAAUAGAAUCUCUUGGAAUAAAAGGGUUUAUCAGCCAAUUACUUCCAACUGUGUUUGCAAGUCAUGCCUGGGGCAUUCUUCAUACCCUCUUAGAGAUGUUUAGUUACCGUCUGCAUCACAUCCAACCCCACUAUCGUGUUCAACUUCUGGGACAUCUUCAUACAUUAUCUACCAUCCCAUUGACCAACCAGAAUCAACUACACCUCUGCGUUGAGAGCACUGCUUUAAGACUGAUUACUGGUCUUGGCAGUGCAGAAGUUCAGCCCCAGUUGUCCAGGAUCUUCAAUGAACCAAAAACAGCUGGUUUCCUUUCUCAGGAUUCUGAAGAGUUAAACCGGGUUCUAGUCCUUACUCUGGCCCGUGCAAUGCAUGUAACAGGGUCAGAGUCAUUCUCCACUAACUGGUGUAAGGACAUCUUGGCAACAAUAAUACAGAGCACCCCUCACUCCUGGCCAUCCCACACCUCUACUUGCUUCCCCACAUGCCUGAAUGAAUUCUUUCAUCAGAAUCCCAUCCCUAGAGAAGACAAGGUAAAUCUGAAGAGAAAUGUAGAAACAGAGUACAAAAAGUGGCGAAGUAUGGCCAAUGAAGCAGACAUCAUAGCUCACUUCAGUAUGCAAGGUACACCACCAUUGUUCCUUUGUAUUAUCUGGAAGAACUUGAUUGAUGACAGCAGGAUUGCUCCCAUAGCAUACAGAGUACUGGAGAGAAUAGGACCAAGAGCUCUGUCAGCUCACCUACGCAUGUUUUGUGAUUUUAUAGUGUACGAGUUCUGCCUAGCAGGUAACCAGAGUUACUUCACACGUUACAUUGAAGCAAUCAAUGACAUGGUUUGGAAAUGUAACAUUCUCACCAUUGACAGGCUUGUCUUGUGUCUUGCACUGAGAAAUCUGGAAAAUAAUGAAGCCCAGAUUGCUUUCUACAUCAUUUACCAAAUCCUUGUCAGAUCAUCUGAUUUCAAAAACCGAGUGGCUGAUUUCCUGCGAGACAAUACACCAGACCACUGGCUACAGAGCAACUGGCAUGAUAAGCACAUGACAUUCCACAAGAACUAUCCAGAGAAAUUUUUCUAUGAGGGAAUCCAGGACCUGAACAGCCCUAUACAGCAUCAGUAUCUGCCAGUGUACUUUGGUAACAUCUGUCUGAGAUUUAUUCCAGUCCUAGAUAUCCUCAUUCAUCGUUUGAUAGAAAUGUCCUCUGUCCAGAAGUUUCUCGAGAGUAUUUUGGACAAUUUAGGCGGAUUGUAUAAGUUCCAUGAUCGACCCAUCACGUAUUUGUACAACACGUUGCACUACUACGACAACAAGUUGGCUAACAGGUCGGGUCUGAAGAGAAAACUGGUAGGAGCAAUUAUCAGAGCACAUCAAGAAAUUCAUCCCAACAACUGGUGUCUUACUGAGGACUAUCAGCGCUACUUACAGAUGUCAGCAGAUACAACAAACUGGAUUCCAGAGCAAGAUUACUACAUACGUUUGAUUGGACGGCUUGUGGAAACUAUAGAUGGUCAGUCACCAUUUCCAAGCUGUGAUUGGCGCUUCAAUGAGUUUCCUAACCCAGCAGCUCAUGCCUUACAUGCUACUUGUGUUGAACUAAUGGCUCUACCAGUAGCCAGUCAGAAUGUGGGAGCAGCCAUCUUAGAUGUUGUUUUGAAGAGUGCUUCUCAGCUGCCUAGAGAAAAACUGAUGGGGUGGAUGAAUGCUGUGGGUCUCGUGCUCACAGCUCUGCCAGAAACCUACUGGAAUGUCCUGAAUGAACGCAUUAUUGAAACAAUGCAGAGUUCCUUACUUACAAACCUUGGCCGUAGUUUCUUUGAGAUGUUCGACUUCCUGUCAUGUGAAAGUAUGUAUGUAGAAUCAACAUGCACAUACGUGGUGGCUCUUGCUCAUGCUGUGUGGCAUCAUGCAGGCAUUGGUCAGCUGAGUGUACUGCCUCAGUUUGUCAAGGAGAAAGUCAAAGGAUGUAUCAAAUCAGAAGAGCAGUUCUUAUUCCUCUUGUACUUGAUCGGACCAUUUUUAUCGCGGUUUCACAUAGAGAGAACAAGGUGCUUGCUAGAUCUCACUGUAGAACUUUAUGAGAUAUUAGCAAAUAUCGACAAGUUGUGUGAUCAUUUACAUCAUAUGGACAUAAUUACAGACUUUCUUUACCACAUCAAGUACAUGUUUGUUGGAGAUGGGGUGAAAAAUGAGGUCGACAAGGUGAUUCGUAACUUGAGGCCAGCUUUACAGCUGAGAUUAAGAUUCAUUUCUCAUACAAAUGUUGAUGAAACUCCAGUAGCUACACCAAGGGAGAGCAUUUCGUCUGCUGGACUCGAACCAAAAGGAAAAUACUUUGGUGAAUAAGAUGCUAUAAGGCAACACAUGGAAAAGUUCUCAUCAAGAUGUUGUUGAUCUAUUUGCAUCUAUAGAUUUUUUUUAGUGCUUAUUGAUGGAUUUCAUGCAUUAUGAUAAUGAAGAAAAAGCCUGUGUUGUCAAGAAGUAGUUGUUGUUUUAAAAUAGAAAUAAGACUGAUUUACUUAUUAUCACCUGAGAUUUGCAGCUUAAAGAAGGCUUAAACUACUUAGACUAGCAAUUAAAAUGUUACUGUGUCAUUCAUUCUCCAAUUUGUUUCACAUGUUUAGAAAGGAUGCGAUAUACAAAAGAAAGACAUGCAUACAAAGAUAUAUUCUUGAAUGAAAUAUUCAUAUCAUCAUUUUUAAUAAUCUAAGUAUAUAAAUGUAUAUGAUGUGGAUUGUCAAAUAUAGUAGUUUCAUCCUAGUAUUUAGCAAAAUACUCUCAGCCUUGUCUAUACUACACUCGAUACAAAUAGAAAAGUGAUGUUGCAAUAUUUUGUUAUAUAUUCUAGCAUAAAACUGCUGUUAUUAUCACUUUUCGGGGGUGUUUUAACAAGAGAGAAAAUGUGUGUUAACAGAGAGAUUCUCGCGCUCACUUGCUGUUAUAACACCUUUUUAUAUAUGCGUGUUCCGUGGCAAAGCGUAAAUGCAUUACGGUCCCGAAACGGAUAAUUAAAACGGAAAUGACGUCAAAGUGAAAAAAACAACGUAGACGUUCCCGCGCGUUUCAUGGAAUAAGGACGUUGAGGGAGAAUGUAUUCACUUAUUAGGGUUUAAUUUUUCGCGUUUUAUGCUAGAAUAGCGUUAGCGCAUGUUUUUUCAUGUUAUAACAUCUUCAGAAUCCCUCGGGAUACGUUGGUACCCUUGCCCUACGGGAUCGGGCACCAACCAAUCCCUGGGGAUUCUGCAAACGUUCUAACACUAAAAAACAUGCAUUAUCCCUACACUCAAACACAAAAGAAAGUGUGCACUUACGUUUUCGCCAACUGAAGUAGAUUAUGUUGUCCGAAGUAGAUUAUGUUGUCUAAAAGUAUGUCAUAUUUUGUACCAAAAUUUAGUGCCGUUUAUAGCCAAUUUGAUGUGUUUCGAUUAUUUUCAAAAUUUUGACAUUUAUGAGGAUUCUUGGCUAUUCAAAGCCAACAGGGGUCAAAAACUGAAGUUAUAAAUCUUUCUUGUCAGAUGAUAAGAUAGCUGCCUGUUCCUCAAACAUUAUUUUGAUUAAAUAUCGUGUGUGACCACUUCUACUAUUUAUUCAAGCAUUGAUAUCACAACGCUUAGGCAUAGCGUAACAGUAGAAUGACGUCACAAGGAAUUUUAUUCCAUUCUUGAGUAGCGUUGUCACCCGAGUCCAGCUGGAUCUAUGGCUUACGCAAUGCGACCAGUUUGAUAUUGCUGGUGCAAAAGAAUUAUGACAUUACUUUGGCACCCAAACGUUCUGCUGACGCUAAUAGCUUCUCACCCCAUUAACAUACAUGCCAUAUUUUCAGACGGUCAAUAAGGGAGUUUUGCCUCAGCAGGGCUUUUUUUAAGGGAGAUUUGGGUAAAAAUAAGGGAGACUUUUAUUCGCUCACUUUUUACGUGCGAAAUAACCGUUUUCAUGAAAAAAUCAUCAAGUUUUUUUACAUUGAACUGACGAGUGGAGCCAACAGUUGUGUACAGAAUGUAUGAUUUUUACUUAUAGCACUUAACUUAAUCCAAGGAAAUUCAGAAUUCCAUGAAAGACUGAACCAGGAACUUUGUUUUUGCUUUAUGUGUUGAUGCUUCUGCAUCUGGGGAGAGUGAUCUUUUUGACAUGUUUAAGCAUAUAAUACCUCAAAAGACUGCGGAGAUAUCAUAUGUCAAAACAGUCUUUUAAGGGCAGUCAUUCUUUACAUGUAUUUAACCUAGGAAUUCUUCUCCUGUUAAUUAUUGCAACAUGACAAUAUCACAAAGGAAUGACAGUCAAUUAUUCGGGCAAUAUGAAUUGCAAUUUAUUUCAUAAAAUUCACUUAUCCGAAUUCAUGUUUGUCCGAAAUUUUGUGUAGUGUGACAUUAACUCGCCAAUUUUGUUAAGUUGUUGUCGAUUUUUUGCAUGUUGCGGAAGUAUUCAAAUUGAGAAACAUAAACCCGGUGUUAGAACUAACCUGUCUCAUCCUCUGAUGGCUCGAUAAAUACGGGAAAAUAGUGUUUCCCAAUAAAUAUUAAGGUCAGCGAAAACGAAAGUACACUUUGGCAGGUGGCGGUAAAAUGACGCAAUUUUAAGACUGGUUUACAUAUUGUUUUGAAAAAUUACGGAUCAGUGGCUUUGAUGUUACUGAAUCAGUCUAAAAUCUCGCAUGCACAUGUUUACAAUUGCCUAUGGGUAAGAUUAAAUGGUUAAUUGUUUGCAGAUGGUGACAGUAGGUGGUAAGAUAAUUAAUGCCGCUGGCGUGUAUCUCUCGAUAAACAAGCUAGGGAUUAUAGACAACUAUGAAAAUUAUGUUUGAAGUGUAUUUCCGGGCUACUCGAUUUUUCUAAAGGCCUACAUUGGGUCCGAGAUAAGAUAUUUCGACAGAUGACUUUUUUUCUGAAUUUAUUUUUUUACGGGACGUUUUCAUGUCCCGGUGGGAGACCGGGAGAUCUACUGAAAAUACGGGAGAAAAAGCCUCCCGGCGGGAGAUAUGGCAUGUAUGCAUUAAUGCUUCAAUUCACUGAGUUUCACUAAGUUGUGGAAUUUUAUUACAGCACAGAUUUGAAAUCUAAUGUGUUUUUCCUUUCACCAAAGGUACACACUGGUUAGGCAAAACGACAGUCCUCGCGUUGUUACGUCAGACCGAGCGUAUCUGAGCGCCAAGGCUCGAGAAAAAAUGGCGAAUUCCGAUCACGAUAUUCAGAUGAGGAAUUUCCAAUGCGAUAUAUGUGCCAAACAGUUUCUGCAUCUGUCCUCUCUGGGGAGACACAAGCGCAUUCACGCAGGAGAACGAAAGUUAUUUAUGUGGCAACGUAUGAUGGAACAUAUGCACAUCGACAGACAUUAAUUAGACAUUUGAAUACACUUGAAGAAAAAAAUGAUUGGAUGUGACCAGUGCGAAAUAAAUGUUCUCCCGAAAAGACAGACUUGGUUCAUAAAAGACAAAGUAGUUCAUAAGUCCAAAUCAACCUGUAGUAGAUGCUCCAAAAAGGUAUUUCAUAUUGCUGAACACUUGAACAUUUGCAUCGAAGGACGUGUUUCUAAACAUUAAUGCCAAGUGUGUGACAGAAAGUUCUUGGAAAAAAAGAUAUCUGCAGAACCAUUGCAGGUGUGUAUAUUCACACGAAGAACAGUUUGAGUGUAACGUGUGCAGCAAAACGUUCCGUCAAAGAGAGUCUUUGGCUCGCCAUAAUCGACAAUGUAAGAAUUGAGAAAAGUAAACUUAAGUGAAGUGAAUGUAUGUCAGUAGACUCCAGUGAAUAGUGUUGCAUUAUGGACACAGGAAAUGUAUUGACUUUAUAGUUCCUCUUUUGUUCAUUAUUUUUGAACAGUACGGCAUGUCAAACGUUGCUAAAUUAUAUAUGUAUGUUAUUAUUAUUGUAUGUUUGUUAUUGUUAUUCAAUGUCUUGUCAUUCAUAUUCUAAAAGUCAUUAUUGUUAUUCUAUAUGUCGUUAUUCUAAUUGUAUCUUUGAUAUUGUUAUUCAAUGUCGUGUCAUUCAUAUUAUAAGUCUUACCAUUGUUAUUCUAUAUGUCGUUAUUCUUAUUGUAUAUUCGAUGUUCUUAUGGUAAAAGUUAUUAUUGUUAUAAUAAUAACAAACAUCCAAUGAUAAUAACAUGCAUAUAUAAUUUAGCAACGUUUGACAUGCCAUAGACAUUAUUGAUUUAUAACUCUUUGAAAUUGAUUAUAGCUUUGAAAACGCACAAAUAACAAAUAAAAACAUAUUUUAGAAUAGUCGGGCUUAUUCUAAAUAGCCCCGACUUCAGUCAGUCUUAUCUUGCAAUUAAUUCUUAUUUUUGUUUAAGGUAAUGUCAGGGUAACAUUUUCAUUUCUAUCACAUACACAUGCGUCUUUUUUUAAUCAAUGUAAUCAAUAAGUUCUGCAAACGUGCCGAAUCGGCAAAAUUGUACAGUACAGAACACUUCUUAAAGUAUUUAACAUUAUUCAAAUUACGCUGAUAACGGACACUUUCUAACUGUCAAAUUUCUCGUGGAACGAAAUUCUUUUUGACGUAAGUGUUUUUUCUUUCAGUAUGUAAUAGUCAUGUACACUACCGUUGUUUAACUGAUUUAUGGUGAUUUUAAUUAGCCCUGCCACGGAAUGAUCCGGUCAAGGGUGGAGCAUGUAUUCGGUUCUAGUCAAGUGCUCAGGGGAUAUCAAUUUCAGAUUGAUAUUAGAUAGCUAUUUAAGGCAAUACUUCUGUGCUUUUUGAUGCCAAUAUGUGAUAUUCAUGUCAUAACUGAUAACAGUGCUCACAUAUUUGAUAAAUGAUUCUACUUUACUUUUAUGUUUAUUUUGAUUCAUCAGUGAUGAAUCCGUGAUUAACCAUUCCAGUGAUUUUUUUAAUAUUUGAUUUUGAAGUAAAAUUUACAAAAAUAUGAUUUGUAUUUCAUUGUAUUUACUGAUAAAUGAAUUGUAAUUUCAUACGUGUACAGGUACGUAUAGGAUCAAUAAGUGCCAGAAGUUUCUAAAUUUGGAAAUGUUAAAAUUGCUACACAAUUUGGUUCAAUAUUUCGAAUUCUAUAUGUUUGCAAAGUUUUGGUUAUUCUAAUUCACGUGAGGAGAGCAGUUCAAUUAAAAUCUGUCUGAUGGUGUUAAGCUGACGCUAAUUAUGUUUGUAUGGGGACAUACUACACGCACGCGUACAGACAAAAUAAAAUCUCAGUUCCAGAAGAAAGUGUGCACUUUUUAAGUUUAAAUAUUUCAAAAAAUUCCCCGACGUUUUUGUUUCAUUUUUUCAUACACUAGUUCUCAGGUAUAACUCAAAAUCUAAAAUGCACACCAAUUUGUUUACGAACUGAUUUAAAUUUUGGUACCAAACAUUAUAAGUUUUCAUGAGAAUAACCGAGAAAAAAUAACAGAAAACUAAGUGCACACUUUCUUUUGGAACUGAGUGUAUAAGAUCCUUAAGAAGCCCAGAAUGCAGCAAAGCAAAAUAAUAGCAGGCUCGAAUCUGUUCACGAGUAAUGAAAUUAGCAGGCUCUUUUCACUGACCAUAUUCUACAGACGUCAUCUCAAAACAGAUUUACCUGGGCGCUGCAUGACAUUGGUUCAAGCUCUACUUUUUUCAUGAUAGCGUAGUAUGUAAUUGCCUGUGUGUUGACACGUGCCACCUGUAACGCUCGGAUACGAUGGUUGCAAAUCUGUGGUUGGUGGGGUUCUGGGUUUGAUUCAUUGUAAAACAGAUACUUAUUUUAAAUAGUUCUUAAAUUUAAAGUGUGAAAUAUGUGUAUUUUCUCUAUCAUAAUUGGAAAACGAGAAAAGGGUAGAGGAUGGACUUCACAAAAAAUAAUCAAAGUGUCACUGGUAUUCCUGAUCUCAUCAAUGUAUUAAUUUUAGACUCGUCACACUCGCUUAAGUCUCUUCUCAUGGGCUGGGUUCCUUUCGGAGGUCCAUCUAGAUCUCUGUUUACUGUCCCUGGCUUCCUGUGAGGCUUUGUCCUUUUUCGUUCAAGUCUAUCAGAGAAGUGGUUCCUGAAAAAAGUCGUCUCUGUUUAAAAUUUCAUACCUAUUUAAACGUCUACAUUUCUUUCUAAAUAUGUGUAUAAAUUAUUCCGCUCAAAAUAACUUGACAAUCCAACCGCUGAAAACCGAUGAAGAACAUCAUAGUCUGAAGCUAUCUCAAUAAAUUCCUUUGCACCUUCUGGUAUAUCGGUAUCUUGCAGUAAUUCAAACUCAUCAACAUCUGUUUCAGAGGCAUGACAUCGUUUUUGAUUUGAACUUGAACCAAGAAUCAACCUUUUUCGACUUUACUUUGGGUGUCAGAACGCGUUUCAAGUGACGAAUAGUUGAAAGAAGGCCUACUAGGUGUUUUAGUUCUUUCAUUAACACAUUUUCGUGAAGUUCUUACAAGUGCAAAUGCCCUCCGGUUGGGCCUAUUCAGCCAUAGAGAUACUUUCUUCUUUCUUUUCGUCAUAGUACCUGAAAGUAACAAAAAAGAUCAUAAUUAUACUUUAAAGAGUGGUAGCAUUGGGACGGAUAGGUGUAAAUAUUGUGAUACAUAUAGAGAAUAAUAAAUAGAGAAUUCAUAAGUUAAACGGUAAGUACUUGUGCUUAUUGUUGGUAAAACUCCAUUUACGAUGGUGGUUCUCGAACACAAACGGUGUAUUGUGAUCGGUACCCACUAACGUUGCAUUUUAAAAAGUGUGUUUAAAUGGCAUAAAGACAGCAUUUGUCAAAAAUAAGUUCGGUAGCAACAUUAUAGAUGUUCACAGUGUCUUCAGGUACCAGAACAUGGCUGGAUAACGUUGAUAUUGAAAAUCAGAGGACAAAAUGUGAACAAUUUUACAUGUUUCAUCGUCACUGAAACAUCACUCGCUAAACUUUGUUUCGUUUUACUCCGAAACUAUUCUGUUUCCAGUAAAAUAAAAUAUUUCCACGAAAAGAGAGAUGGUUUGGAUAUUCCGUAAGACUAGUCAUAUAUGUAAAUUGUGCAUAUGAUGGAAAAUACAAAGGAGAAACUGUGCCUCACCUGAAUAUCGUGAUCUGAAUUCGCCAUUUUUUCUCGAGCCUUUGCGCUCAGAUACGCUCUGUCUGACGUAACAACGUGAGGACUGUCGUUUUGCCUAACCAGUGUGACGUAUAAGAAAACUGACAAAACACGUUUUUGUAGACAUGUACUUUUCCUAUGGGCACCACGUGCAAAAGUCCACUAUCGCUAGUUAUCUCUAAUCCACCCAGUUUUUAUCGUAAAAUUGAAGGAAGAUCAAUAGUGCAUGCUUCGAGCAAAGUAUGUUGCAAAUUGUAGACGGAUACCUCUUUUAGAACUGAGAAUAUUCAAAUUUAGAAAGUGCACACUUUCUUUUGCGUUUGAGUAUAUAUUUCAUGACGAGGUAUAUGGAGAGCUAUCUUACUUGACUCUGCAACCAUGUCCGUUUCUCGGCCACACCUUGGUUCAAGUUUUGAUGCACUCACUUUAUCUCUGUUAUUACUCGAUUGACUUUCUUAAACUUUAAAAGUUACACAAGGGCCAUAAUUCCCACACCUGAUAUUUCAUGAAUUAUCCCCCCUUUUUAGUUAGACCUUACUUAAUGCACUUUCACUCUACCCCUGUUAUUACAUUUUUCACUAUAUUUCUGUUAUUACAGAGUGUAUUUGAUACAAACUUAAGAUAAGUGUGCCACAUUACCAUACACCUCAUAUGACACAAGGGCUGUAACUCUCACACCAAUACUUCAUUAAUUAUGCUUAUUAAACUUAAAAUGAUUAUUUCAACAUCAUCACCUACUUCAUAUGACACAGGGUCCAUAACUCUGAGAUUAAUAUUUUUAGAAGUAUGCCCCUUUUUGUGAUCACGCUACGUCUGUCGUCAACACUUGUGUUUAAACAACAUCUCGAAAACUACUGAAUGGAUUUUGAUGAAACUUGGUCUGGGUGUUCCUUAAAGUUUCAUUAAGAUUGGCUCAAAAUUGUGACCUCUAGAGUGUAAACAGUCAAAUUGUUGACGACGACGGACACAGGUCGAUCACAAAAGCUCACCUUUGAGCACUUCAUGCUCAGGUGAGCUAAAAAUACUCAAAUAAUAUGACAGAUAUUUAAUUUUAAUCCCUAUAGUCCUGUAGAGUAUACAAUAAAAUAACAUCAGUUAAAAUGAUUAUUUGAUGCGUUGUUUAUUUUUGAAAUGAUAAAAAAAGUUUGCGAUUAUUGUUCAGAAGGGGUUUCUGUAAAUAUAAAAAAAAAUGUAAAAAUACUUUCUGUAAAAGAUACCUAAUGUUCGGUAACAUGUAUUUUGUCUUACAACGCAUUGUCCACAUUCUAUUUUGUAGAACAUAUCAAACUUCUUUUUCAAACUUCUUUUUUCUCUAAAUUUGUUUCUGUUGUGUGUCUAACAUAUUUACUUAGGUACUCCGGGAAAUAAAAACUGAUUAACUGAUAAUUUUUUUGAAAUAUUGCAGUUUUUGGUCAUUUUGACAGUUCUACUUUCACUUCCAUUUUGCAACUUUUGUAUUUUUAGCCCACCAUCAUCAGAUGGUGGGCUAUUCAAAUCACUCUGCGUCCGUGGUCCAUCGUCCUUCCAUCCGUCAGUCCGUCCGUCCUUCCGUCCGUUAACAAUUUCUCGUUAUCGCAUCUCCUCAGAAACUACCAAGGGGAUUUUGACCAAAUUUUGUCAGAAUGAUGUAUUGGUACCCUAGUUGUGUCCCCCUGAAAAUCAGACUGGUUCAACAAUUUUUAAGUGAGUUAUGGCCCUUUGUUUAUUUCUAUAAUUUACAUAGAUUUAUAUAGGGAAAAACUUUGAAAAUCUUCUUGUCCAAAACCACAGAGCCUAGGGCUUUGAUAUUUGGUCUGAAGCAUCAUCUAGUGGUCCUCUACCAAGAUGAUUCAAAUUAUUUCCCUGGGGUCUAAUAUGGCCCCGCCCCGUGGGUCACAUGGUUUAUAUAGACUUAUAUAGGGAAAAACCUCUUGUUCAAAACCACAGGGCCUAGGGCUUUGAUAUUUUGUAUGUGACAUCAUCUAGUGGUCUUCUACUAAGAUUGUUCAAAUUAUCACCCUAGGGUCAAAUAAGGCCCCGUCUUUGGGGUCACAUGGUUUACAUAGACUUAUAUAGGGAAAAACUUUGAAAAUCUUCAUGUCCAAACCACAAAGCCAAGGGCUUUGGCAUUUGUAAUGUAGCAUCAUCUAGUGGUUUUCUACCAAGUUAAUUCAAAUUAUCACAGUAGGGUCAAAUACGGCCCCGCCUUGGGGGUCACAUGGUUCAUAUAGACUUAUAUAGGGAAAAACUUUGAAAAUCUUCUUGUCAAUAACCUACAACAUUCAAAUUUGGACCACAUGUAUGGUUGUGAGUGGCAAGAUGAACCUUGACACGAGUUGACCUUGAUUUUGACCUAGUGACCUACUUUCACAUUUCUGUAGCUACAGCCUUCAAAAAUGGACCACAUGCAUAGUUUUGUGCACUGAAAAAACUUUGACCUUGAUAUUGACCUAGUGACCUACUUUCACAUUUUUGAAGGUACAGGCUUCAAAUUUGGACCACAUGCAUAGUUUCGUGUUCUGAAAUGAAGUUUGACCUUGAUUUUGACCUAAUGACCUACUUUCACAUUUCUCAAGCUACAGCCUUCAAAUUUGGACCACAUGCAUAGUUUUGUGUACCGAAACAAACUUUGAUCUUUACAUUGACCUAGUGACCUACUUUCACAUUUUUGAAGGUACAGGCUUCAAAUUUGGACCACAUGCAUAGUUCUGUGUUCUGAAAUGAAAUUUGACCUUGAUUUUGACCUAGUGACCUACUUCCACAUUACUUUAGCUACAGGCUUCAAAUUUGGACCACAUGCAUAGUUUUGUGUACUGAAAUGAAUUUUGACCUUAAAAUUGACCUAGUGACCUACUUUCACAUUUCUGUAGUUACAGGCUUCAAAUUUAGACCACAUGCAUAGGAUUGUGUACUGAAACAAAUUUUGACCUUGACAUUGACCUAGUGACCUACUUUUACAUUUUUGAAGGUACAGGCUUCAAAUUUGGACCGCAUGCAUAGAUUUGUGUUCUGAAAUGAAGUUUGAUCUUGAUUUUGACCUAGUGACCUACUUGUACAUUUCUCAAGCUACAGGUUUUAAAUUUGGACCACUUGCAUAGUUUUGUGUACCGAAAUAAUCGUUGACCUUAAGAUUGAGCUAGUGACCUUCUUUCAAAUUUCUCAAACUACAGCCUUCAAACUUGAUGCACAUGCAUAUUUUUGUGUACAAAGAACUUUGUCCUUGAAAUUGAUCUAGUGACCUACUUUCACAUUUCCUAAGCCACAGCUUUCAAAUUUGGACCACAUGCAUGGACCAUAUGCACAGUGUUGUGUACGGAAAUGAAAUUUGUCCUUGAACUAGUCAGUAAGUCUUGAAAUUUGGAACACUCAAAAAUGGUACAUUGGUGGGCGCCAAGAUCACUCUGUGAUCUCUUGUUUUUAAUAUGUCCAUUGUUUGUAACACUUUCAACUCCCGGAGUACCUGGAGAAAUAUGUUAGACACACAAUAAUCAUAAAGAAGCUUGAUAUCUUCUACAAAAUAGAACAUGAACAGUCAAAGUACAUGUGAUAUAGGACAAAAUGUGUUGUUCUAUAAAAUAUAAUAUAUUUUCUCUACUGCAGUAAAACAUAAUGAACUGAUAUCUGUCAAUGAUGUAUAAACAAUAUUGUACUAUAUAUACAAUAUGUUAUAACAAAACACUUGGAUUAAAAUUUGCAUAUAUAAAAACCUA